GGCCCCAGAUUUCGGAGGUUGAUUAGAUGGUUCCGGAGGGGGUGGGUGGAUAGCGGACAGUAACUUCAGCACCCACCCGGUGGGAAACAGCGACAAGGCCAUUCAAGGGAAAAUCUUGUGGCCAAAAUGGCACACUAAUCAUACGGGUUGGAACUAAGGACUGACUGUCACCUUUCAGUUUUAACUGAGUUUUUAUUUUUUGUGACAUAUUUUGCCCCGUGAUUGUCAGGAGGAGGGUGAAGUCUCACAGCCGCCAUCUUUGGAAACUGACUAGGAGGGAAUAGAGAACUUUCAUUAUCUGACUGUUUUUGUUUUUUUUAUACCAAGAAAUCUUUAGUAUAUGUAUUUUUUUUCAAGACCUCGAAUGACCUGUUAUUCUGUACACACGUUAACACAAUUUUUAUUUUAUUUUUUACGGUGGACAACACACAAGGAGUCGGUAUCGUACAACCUGGAGGAAAAAAAGCACCAAUCUGUCGUUUUCUCUCCGGUUCUACCUGAACCUGGACUCUGAUCGGUGCCCAUGCUCCGGCCCCUCCACUCCAGCAGAUGAGUCGUCGACUGCUCUGGCGUAGACGCAGCCGCGCUCCAACGCCCAGAUAGUCCCCUGGUCCUGCCCCCCGUCCUGCCGGGAGACAGCAGACUACAUUACCCAGCAUGCCCUCCUCUGUGCGGGCGGGCAGCCUAAAGGACCCGGAGGUAGCCGAGCUGUUCUUCAAGGAAGACCCAGAGAAACUGUUCUCUGACCUCCGAGAGAUAGGACAUGGCAGCUUCGGAGCCGUCUACUUUGCGCGGGAUGUACGAUCUACAGAGGUGGUGGCCAUCAAGAAGAUGUCUUAUAGUGGAAAGCAGUCCAACGAGAAAUGGCAGGACAUCAUAAAAGAGGUGAAGUUUCUCCAGAGGAUUCAACAUCCCAACAGUAUAGAGUACAAGGGCUGCUACCUACGAGAACACACAGCAUGGUUAGUGAUGGAGUACUGUCUGGGUUCAGCCUCUGAUGUUCUAGAAGUUCAUAAAAAGCCUCUUCAGGAAAUGGAGAUCGCUGCCAUUACCCAUGGUGCUUUGCAGGGUUUGGCCUACCUUCACUCCCACAACAUGAUUCACAGAGACAUCAAAGCAGGUAACAUCCUACUGACGGAGCCAGGUCAGGUCAAGCUUGCUGACUUUGGCUCCGCCUCCAUCGCUUCCCCAGCCAACUCCUUCGUGGGGACGCCAUAUUGGAUGGCCCCAGAGGUGAUCUUGGCCAUGGACGAGGGCCAGUAUGACGGAAAGGUGGAUGUCUGGUCCCUUGGGAUCACCUGUGUCGAGCUAGCGGAGAGGAAGCCUCCUCUGUUUAAUAUGAACGCCAUGAGUGCCUUGUACCACAUAGCGCAGAAUGAGAGCCCUACACUGCAGUCCAGAGACUGGACGGAUUACUUUAGAAACUUUGUUGAUUCCUGCCUUCAGAAAAUCCCCCAGGAUAGACCCCACUCUGACCAUCUACUGAACCACGUGUUUGUCCAGCGGGAGCGUCCAGACUCCGUUCUGAUGGAUCUGAUCCUGAGGACCAAAGAGGCGGUCAGAGAGCUGGACAACCUACAGUACCGUAAGAUGAAGAAGAUCCUGUUUCAAGAAGCUCACAACGAACCACAGGCUGAGACACAGGACGGAGACGAGGAGGUGGAGCACGGUGCAGGUCGUACAGACACAGUGAACAGUGUGGGCAGUAACCAGUCCAUCCCCAGUAUGUCUAUCAGCUCCCAGAGCAGCUCAGUCAACAGUCUGAAUGAAGCAACACAGGACGACCGCAGUGAGCUGGACCUGAUGGAGGGAGACCACACGGUCAUGUCCAACAGCUCUGUCAUACACCUCAAACCAGAGGAAGAGGAGGGUUACCAUGAAGACCCAGAGGUGCGGGACCGUCCCACUGAGCCUCCUGAUGCCCAACCCCCCAGGAAACACUACAGAGAACGCAACAGAGAACACUUUGCUACCAUACGCACUGCCUCACUGGUGACUCGUGAGAUGCAGGAGCACGAGCAGGACAGUGAGCUGAGGGAGCAGAUGUCUGGCUAUAAGAGGAUGAGGCGGCAGCACCAGAAGCAUCUGAUGGGUCUGGAGAACAAGCUGAAGGCUGAGAUGGACGAGCAUCGGCUCCGUCUGGACAAAGAGCUGGAGAGCCAGAGGAACAUCUUCGCCCAGGAGAUGGAGAAACUGGUCAAGAGACAUCAGGCCGCUAUGGAGAAAGAUGCGAAGACCUUUAACAACGAUGAGAAGAAGUUCCAGCAGCACAUUCAGGUCCAGCAGAAGAAAGAACUCAGCAGCUUCCUGGAGUCUCAGAAACGAGAGUACAAACUACGCAAGGAGAGGCUCAAAGAGGAGUUGAGUGAGAACCAGUCGACGCCUAAGAAGGAGAAGCAGGAGUGGCUGUCCAAGCAGAAGGAGAACUUCCAGCACUUCCAGGCUGAGGAGGAAGCCAACCUGUUGAGGAGACAGAGGCAGUACCUGGAGCUGGAGUGUCGACGUUUCAAACGCAGGAUACUCAUCGCCAGGCACAACGUGGAGCAGGAUCUGACACGAGAGGAGUUGAAUAAGCGUCAGACCCAGAAGGACUUGGAGCAUGCCAUGCUGCUCAGACAUCACGAGUCGAUGCAGGAGCUGGAGUUCAGACAUCUGGGAACCAUCCAGAAGAUGAGGGCGGAGCUUAUCAGGACGCAGCACCAGACGGAACUGACCAAUCAGCUGGAGUACAACAAGAGGAGGGAGAGAGAACUGAGACGCAAACACGUCAUGGAGGUUCGACAGCAACCCAAGAGUUUAAAGUCCAAAGAGAUGCAGAUUAAGAAGCAGUUCCAGGAGGCGUGUCAGAUCCAGACACGGCAGUUCAAGGCCCUGAGGAACCACCUGUUGGAGAGCACUCCCAAGGCCGACCACAAGGCGGUGCUCAAGAGGCUGAAGGAGGAGCAGACCAGGAAACUGGCCAUUCUGGCCGAGCAGUACGACCACUCUAACAACCACAUGUUGUCCACACAGGCUCUGCGUUUGGACGAAGCCCAAGAGGGUGAGUGUCAGGUGCUGAGGCAGCAGCUGCAUCAGGAGUUGGAGCUGCUGAACGCCUACCAGAGUAAGAUCAAGAUGCAGACAGACGCCCAGCACGACAGAGAGAGGAAGGAUCUGGAGCAGAGGGUGUCGCUCCGCAGGGCUCUACUGGAACACAAGAUUGAGGAGGAGAUGCUGUCUCUGCAGAACGAGCGUGUGGAGCGUAUCAGGUCUCUGUUGGAGCGCCAGGCCAGGGAGAUGGAGGCCUUCGACUCAGAGUCCAUGAGACUAGGCUUCAGCAACAUGGUGCUGUCCAACGUGCAGGGCUCGGACACACACGGCAGCCCGGGGGGGUCUGGAGCGUCUCAACAAAGCCAUCACCAGGGGGGGUCCAGCACCCAGCAGCCGUGGGGUCACCCUGUGCUGGCUGGGGGACCCCCUCCCUGGAGCCUGCAUCAGCCCUCUGGAGGGGGGAGUCAGAGGGGGAGUGGGGUGGGAGUGGGGGGGGUCAGGAACAGCCCCCAGGUUAUGAGGAGGGCGUCGACGUCGGGAGGUGGGCGGAGCGAACAGGGCAUGAGCAGGAGCGCCAGCAUCACCUCCCAUAUCUCCAACGGCUCACACCUGUCAUACACCUAGACACACACACACAGACUGAAGUCACACACACUGAAGACACACACGCAGACUGAAGACACACACACUGGAGACACACACACACACUGAAGUCACACACUGAAGACACACACACACACGAUGAACACACUUGUCGUUAGCCUUGAAACACACACAGCUGGUGUACCAACCAUCUUAACACACACU